AUGCAUCUCCACGUUUUAACCCUUCUUUCACUCUUCUACCUUCGCUCUGUGAAUUCAGCGGUUACUUGGACCGCGACGCCUUUCAACCCCGCCUCCUUCCCUCUAGCGGUUCGCUCGCCCUAUCUAUCUGCAUGGCUCCCUCAAGGCGAGGGUAACGCACUGAAUGCGGUGUGGCCUCAAUUCUGGACCGGCUCCACUCUUGGUUGGGCAGGCUACAUCAAUGUGGACGGAACGUCGUAUAACUUUCUAGGCGACCCCGAUGUUCCAAACACGAGUGCGCAGAAAGCCACUCAGAAGAGCUCGGAGUUCACUAGUACCCAAAGUAUAUUUGUGAUGACGGCAGGCGGCAUUGACCUCACUGUCACUUUCCUGAGUCCUGUAGAGCCGAGCGACCUGUUGAACCAAUCUCUGCCUUUCUCUUAUCUCGCAUUAUCUGUAGCUCCAAACGACGGCGCUUCCCAUUCUGUCCAGGUGUAUACGGAUAUCAGUGCCGAAUGGGUGUCUGGAGACGAUAGCCUCACCGUGAACUGGACGACUACCGUCGACGUCCUGAUCACACACCAGGUUCAACUGGAACAGCAGACAGUAUUCGGCGAAUAUAGCGACCGUAUCCAACAGGGUUCCGGAUACUACUCGACUUUGAAGUCUGAUGGUACUACUUAUCAAACGGGCCAAGACAUCGUCGUCCGCGCGCAAUUCAUAGACAACAGCACGUUGCUCAACACUCAGGAUACUGACUUCCGAGCUGUCUCAGACGACUGGCCUGUGUUCGCGCUCGCCCAUGACCUUGGAAAUAUCUCAAGCGCGACCGACCCUAUCGUAUAUGUAGUUGGCCAUGCCCGUGAUCCUGCUAUUCAGUACAUCAUUGCGGACGAUGUCAUGCAGUACCGGAGCUCUUAUUUCUGGAGCAACUAUCCUACCGCGAUCAGCGCCAUCACUACAUUCAUUACAGACUACAGCAAUGCGUUGACUCGUGCUAACGCCCUGGAUGCGCAAAUUCAAGCAGACGCGGAAAGCAUCUCUUCCACUUAUGCAGGCCUGGUUGCUUUGUCCGUGCGACAGGCGUUCGGCGCUAUCGAGUUCACAGUAUCGAAGGAUAGCUCUGGUGCAUAUAACACAUCUGACCUCAUGACGUUCCUCAAAGAAAUAUCCAGUGACGGUAACGUGAACACCGUGGAUGUUAUCUUCCCAGCAUUGCCCGCUUUUCUAUACACGAACCCGGUGAUUGUCAAGGACCUGCUGCUUCCGUUGCUCGAAUACCAGAUGACUGGACAAUAUCCGAAUACAUGGGCUUGCCACGAUAUGGGUACUUCGUACCCAAACGCGACGGGACAUAACGAUGGUAACGAUGAGAAGAUGCCCAUUGAAGAGAGCGGCAAUAUGCUGAUCAUGUCGCUGAGCUACGUACAACAGUCAGGCGAUACAUCAUUCAUAACAUCCUACUACCAGUUGCUCGAUCAAUGGGCCAACUACCUGAUCGAGAACACGCUCAUCCCUGGGGAUCAGAUCAGCACUGACGACUUCGCGGGUGCCCUUGCCAACCAGACAAACCUUGCGAUCAAAGGCAUCAUUGCUAUCAAAGCGAUGGCUGAGAUGGCCGACUUGAUCGGUGAUACUGCCACGAGCUCGAACUACAGCUCAAUCGCGGCGGACUAUGUGGAACAGUGGCAAGGGUACGCGACCGCCUCUGAUGGACUGCACCUCACUCUCGCGUAUAAUAAUGACUCCACAUGGGGUCUAUCUUACAACAUGUACGCAGACAAGCUGCUGAGCACGAACCUUAUCCCGGAUUCUGUGUAUGAGAUGCAGACAUCGUGGUAUCCAACUGUCGAUGAAGAAUACGGAGUACCAUUGGACACACGCCAUCUCUACACAAAGUCGGACUGGCAGUCGUGGACCGCAGCGUUCAUGACCGACACGACCGUGCGCGACAUGUUCGUCGACGCCGUGGAGAAGUACGCCGCAGACGGCCUCAACUCGGUGCCGCUGAGCGAUUGGUACUAUGCGAACGACGGCGACGUCGCGGGUUUCCAGGCUCGGCCGGUCGUUGGCGGGCAUCUCGCUCUGCUUGCUCUACGGUUCGCUGGCCAGCCCUAA